GGCCCAGCAGUUGCCAUGGAAGUGGCCGGGCGCGUUGCUGGGCGGAGGGAAGAUGGCGGUGACUAGCUGGCUGGAGAGUCUGCGGGCUGCCGAGAAGACGGCGCUGCUGCAGGAUGCGUUUAGGGAGGCCUUGACUGUGUGUCAGAUUCUGUGCUAGAGCAGACAGAAACAACAACAACAACAACAAAACAAACAAAAAACCCACGGUCUGUGGUCUCCUAGGAGUUCACAGAAUGAUCAAGAAGAAAACAUGGAAGAGGAUGGUGCACUAUUUGUUCCCAGAUGGCAAGGAAAUGGCCGAAGAGUACGAUGAGAAGACGAGUGAACUACUUGUGAGAAAAUGGCGUGUGAAAAAUGCCCUGGGAGCCUUGGGCCAGUGGCAGAUUGAAGUGGGAGAGCCAGUGCUCUCAGGAGCCGGGAGCCUGGGAGCCGAGCUCAUCAAGGAAAGUAAUGCCAAUCCCAUCUUCAUGCGCAAGGACACUAAAACAAGUUUCCAGUGGCGGAUUCGAAAUCUCCCCUACCCAAAGGAUGUCUAUAGCGUCUCUGUGGCCCAGAAGGAGCGCUGCAUCAUUGUUAGAACGACGAACAAAAAGUACUACAAGAAGUUCUCCAUUCCUGACCUAGACAGACACCAGCUUCCUCUGGAUGACUCUGCACUGAGCUUUGCUCACGCCAACUGCACCCUGAUAAUCUCUUAUCAGAAGCCAAAGGAGGUCAUGGCGGCAGAGUCAGAGCUCCAGAAGGAGCUAAAGAAGGUAAAGACGGCCCACAGCAGCGACGGGGACUGUAAGACCCAGUAGCUGUCUGAAGCCUGUGCCUCCAGUGUGGAGGGAGCUGUGAGACGACCAGGCGCGGGCUCUUCCGGCACGGGGCAGCUGCUUCUGGGAAUUACCGAGUCCGAGGAACUGGCUUCUGGGACACAGCUUGCUUCUGCCCGUGGUUUUGUUCCUGAGUAAAGUCAUUUGGAGUCGCUCUA